AUGCCUCCAGCGACUGUUCCUCCUGCUGCUGCUGCUGCUGCUGCCAGCAAUGAAGAAGCCGCCGCAGCCCCGCUCAUCAAGAUUCCUACGCUCACGUACAGAAACCGCAGCGACCCAUCGUCUUCUGCACGACUGUCUCUCAUGCCCGCCAGAAGCGCCGCACCCGAGCAGAGAACUACCACCUCGUCCGACGCUGAUGAUGCGAUAACGGUGGUACCGACCAAGUCGGCCGAGGUGCGAACCGCAAGACGCCAGGUUGACUGGGCUCUGGAACCAGCCACUCCCAACGGCAGCUCCGCACAUUCAAAAGCAGCGCCAGAUGCCCAGCCCAAGCAGAAAAGCAAGAAGAAAGGGAGCUCGUUCUUCAGCUUCCUGGCCGUGAAGGAACCAACCUCCGGGGCGCUGGAACAAUACGCCGAGCUGCAGAGAAAGCAGGCAGCAGAGAAGGGCACAGCAUUCAUGGCCGGCGUGUCUUCGCAGAAGCUUCCCUCGGAAGUUCCCAGAGUCAAUACGAAAUGGAACGGCCUUCCACAGCCAGCCAAACCGGAUCUGAAGCGAGCAAGCACCGUCUCGGCCGGAACGUUGUAUGGAGCACGCCGUAACUCGGUCGCUACGACCAGCUCGUCGUCGAAGGCAAGCCGAAGAUCUCAGAAGUCGGUCGAGUCCUCAUCGGUGGAUUUUGAUCGUGCCCCGCCACCUUCGUUGGAGACGCUCAGUAUCAAAUCGCACCCCCGACACGACAGUGGAACUGGAGUGUACGAGCCUAUCAAGCCCCCACCAAGGCGAGACAGGCGCGCCUCGGUCGGUGACCCUUUGAAGCGGAUGAGCGGGGCCUUCACAAUGUCCGAAGCGAAGCAAGGGAGCAGUGCGGAGGCGAGUCAAGUGCCGACCCCGAUACCAGAGCCCAAGGAUCCAAAAAAUAGACAUUCGAAAACAUUCGCACACAGAAACAUCUGCAAGCUCCCAUCAAUAACCCCCAAAGAGAUUGCUCCGUGGGCAGAACCUGCCGAGUCCUCCGAGCCUUGGCCCACAAGAUAUCCGCGAAGUUGUGGCGUCGAUGAUUUGGAUUUCAUCACGUCUUCACCAAUAAGCGGCGCGCCGGAGAAGAGCAUUGAGGAACAGAUUGCCGAUGCGGAAAGGAGGACUGCUUCGGUCACCAGGGCAGCACGGAUGCCGCCCUCAUCGAAUGCUCAGGCUCUGGCCCGGCUCGAACACCCUGGUGAUGAAGGAAAGCGCCAGAGCGCUGAAGCAAAAUCAUCGAAGCAGAAGAAAGGGAGUAGUAGGUUCAUGAGGUUCACUGGGAAGAGCUGA